UUUNUCGGGUUUAAUUCUGGUACCGAUGAAUUUGCCAGCCAAGAUUCGAUAGGAUUUUCAGUAUCAAGCACGUGUGAUGAAAGCAGCAAUGAACUUGCAGCAUCACAAACUUCAGGGGAAGCAGUAGUUGGAAGAGUUUUCACUUGCAAUUUCUGCAAGCGUAAAUUCUAUAGUUCACAGGCACUAGGCGGUCACCAGAAUGCUCAUAAACGUGAGAGAACGUUAGCUAAACGAGCAAUGAGAAUGGGGAUCUUUUCGGAAAAGUAUGGUAAUUUGGCUGCUCUGCCUUUGCACGGGUCUACUUCCCGGUCCUUAGGGAUCAAGGCACAUUCUUCAAUGCACCAGGGGUUUCCACAAGCAAUGGGAUCACUUGAUUUCAGGACGAGCGCGAGAUUUGAAUAUGUACACCAUCAGAGUCCAUCUUUAUACGUUGAGGAUGUCGAUGAGGCUGAUCACUUAUUAUGGCCUGGCAGUUUUCGUCAAGUAACUAAUGUUGACAUCUCUCAUCAUCCUACUAUUAGUUUUACUGGAUGUUCGAAUGUGAAUUCUGUAGAGUGGACUCCAUCUGUUGAAAAAGACAAUUCGACACCAGAUCUCACACUGAGGCUCUGAGCAGUAGUACUUGAAUAGCGAGUCGCUUCAAUAUUUGGCUCUCUUACGAAAAUGUGUGCAUUUUGGAAUAUAUAUAUCACUAAACGGACGAUAAGGGCUCGUCAGGUCAGUGUAUUGGGAAUGUUAGUUGAUUGCCGUACAAUAGACGCUUGUAGUAGUCUUUUCCUGGAUCAUUGCAUAGCGAGAGCUUAGUGUACCAGACUACCCCUUUUUUGUCAAUUGUUGUACAAUGUGAAUGUAUUGAGUAUGACUUGUAACAAUGGUAUGAUUUUAGUAUUUACUUUAACAAACUUUAUUGAUGUUUUUAAGAUAGGG